CCCAGCUUAAGACCGAUGGUCUUUUCUAAUAUCUCGUCGGUGCCCGAGCACAACUAUCAAGGCCGCGAAUUGAGUAUGGCUGAGCGACUUGGAUUGGGACCUGAGAUUCGUGAACUUAAGUUGGGGUCGACUUUUACGAGUAACAGCUCGACGGCAUUUCACACCUUGAAAUAUGAUUUUAAACCUGCAAGUGUUGAUGUUUCGAAAAUGGCUAAUGUUGAUGCAGGAGCAGAUAAUACGAUGACGGUUACAGUCCCUCAUUUAGAUGGAGCUGGUACUCCUCAUACUGUAUUCAAAGGUUCUCAGAGACCUCAUCACAAAGAAUGUGUUCUCAUCAUUGACAAAACUACUGGAGAGUUCAUAUUGGAAAAGCUAACAGCAAAUAUUCAAGUCAAAAAAACAAGAAUGGAACCUACAGCUAAGCAAUUUUUAACAGUUUCUAAUGGGAAUAAUAGUAAUGGUAGGUCUGCAACAUCUGUUGAACAUAAGAGAAGUCCUACACAUGGCAGAUUGAAUGGCAGGACAAAAGUUACCAGUGGAACGAAGAGGGAACCUUUUGUCCAAUUGCAUUCAAAGGGAGGACAGAGUCCUCCACACCAGGCAUCCAGCAGUUGUUCGCCCGCGCAAUCGUCAAACACACAAUCGACCUUGGCUAGUUUGCCAAUGAUUGGCUCCGAGAUUGAUGAUUUCGUAUUGUCAACUCCAGUAAUUCCUUCAUAUACGUCUGCACCAGUCAGAGUAUCUCCGCCACCUGUUGCGAUACCAAAUAUAAAACCGGCUUCUAUAAACAGCGACGAGGGUGCACUAAGCGAUUCGAGUUCGAGCAGUUCAAGUUCUGAUAGCUCGGAUAGCGAUUCUGAUACGGAGAACAUUCCCGUACCGAUGGCACCAAAUGACAUUCUAAGUAGUGUAAAUUCAACCUCAGUUGUCGCACCGCUCAUGCCAGACAAUUUCCUGAAUGAAGAUCUGCAACUGUCCGAGUCAGAAUCUGAUAGUGAUAAAUAGUAAGAUGCCAAUAGGAUUAACACGUCAAUACAUAGAUCGUGAUUAACGUGGUGAUUAUUAAUAUUAAACAAAAUACCAUAUAUGUUAAGUCUGUCCUUUUUAGCUGCACUAUGUUAUAACUUUAUAUAAUAUAAAUUACACAUUUGUACAUAUAAUCAAAUAAUAGAUGUGAAAAUAAUUAAAGAAAAAAACAAAUUGAAAUAAAUACAGAGAGUGCAGCUAAAAAGCUCUUGCGCACGGAAAGGAGUCGUAUUAUUCCAAAACGUUUUCACAUAUCUUAUAUUUGAUCGCAAAAAUGUCGCGACAGAAAAUCAACCAGAGAGGGGAGGAAUCUUUGUAUAUUAUUCAAUAUAUUUAUUUUUGAUAUUGUCA